CGAGCUAAUGAAGCUACGGAUAAAUCCACCGAAAACUCUCCAGAAAAAAGCCAAGAACAGAUUAAGGAUGAGGACUCAAUCAAGUUAAGGAAAGGAAAGCUCUCAAAAGAGAAUCUGCACGAUGGAAGUUCCGAUAAGAUUUUUUUCGCUUUAUAUUUAAAAAUUUCCAAUGCCGAAAAACAAAACGAUGAAGUACGACACGAGCUAUUAAGAAGCUAUUACUAUUUUGGAGAGGAAUUAGAAAAACAUCUUAUCCAGUAUAAAGAUCUUGAGGAACACGAGGCCCAGAAGAAGGUUAAUAACGAAGUUAAAGAGCAACUCCUGAAAGAUGUUUCCAGACCUACAAUCCGAAAAAAAAACAAAAAGAGCUCGAAAGAUUUAUGGCCUUUUUUUUCGUGUUAG